AUGGUCAUAGAGACCAUUGGUUGGGUCAUAGAGAUGAAGGAGGRCUGGGGKGRCACCAUUGGUUGGGUCAUAGAGAUGAAGGAGGGCUGGGGUGGCACCAUUGGUCGAGUCAUAGAAAUGAAACAACGAGACACCAUAGGUGCACGAGAAGGUCCUACCAUAGAGAUGAGGGAGCCGUUCCAGAGCGACAAUGGCAGACAAACCAUAGAGAUGACAAAGAGGCACCAGAGCGGCACCAUUGGUCAAACCAUAGAGAGUGGGAAACACUACGGCGUCUACAGCUGCGAGGGCUGCAAGGGCUUCUUCAAGCGCACGAUCCGCAAGGACCUGACGUACACGUGCCGCGACAACAAGGACUGCGUCGUGGACAAGCGGCAGCGCAACCGCUGCCAGUACUGCCGCUACCAGAAGUGCUUGGCCACCGGCAUGAAGCGCGAGGCGGUGCAGGAGGAGCGGCAGCGGGGCAAGGACAAGGACGGCGACGGUGACGGCGGCGCCAGCGCCAACGAGGAGAUGCCCGUGGAGAAGAUCCUGGAGGCCGAGCUGGCCGUGGAGCAGAAGUCGGAGCAGAGCGUCGACGGCGCCGCCUCGCCCAAUGACCCGGUGACCAACAUCUGCCAGGCCGCCGACAAGCAGCUCUUCACGCUGGUCGAGUGGGCCAAGCGCAUCCCGCACUUCUCCGAGCUGCCCCUGGACGACCAAGUGAUCCUGCUGCGCGCCGGCUGGAACGAGCUGCUCAUCGCGUCCUUCUCGCACCGCUCCAUCUCGGUCAAGGACGGCAUCCUGCUGGCCACGGGGCUGCACGUGCACCGCAACAGCGCCCACAGCGCCGGCGUCGGCGCCAUCUUCGACAGGGUGCUCACGGAGCUCGUCUCCAAGAUGCGGGACAUGCGCAUGGACAAGACGGAGCUGGGCUGCCUUCGCGCCAUCAUCCUCUUCAACCCCGACGCCAAGGGUCUCUCGAACCCCGGCGAGGUGGAGCUGCUCCGCGAGAAGGUCUACGCGUCGCUCGAGUCCUACUGCAAGCAGAAGUACCCCGAGCAGCAGGGCAGUAUCCUCAGCACCCCCAGCACCCUCAGUGCUUCCAGUAGCCCCAUAAUCCCCAAUACCCCCCAGCAUCCCCAGUGCCUCCAGUACCCCCAUGUCUCCAGUACUCUCAGCACUCCCAGUACACCCAAUACCACCAGCACCCCCAGUGCCUCCACUAUCCCCAAUACCCCCCAGUAUCUCCAGUAUCCCCAGUGCCUCCAGUAUCCCCA